AUGCAGUCGUGCCGGGGCGCCGCGGCCGGACGCCGAGCCUUCGACAGCAUCUGCCCCAACAGGAUGCUGGCGCCGCGGGGCCGGCCCUUCUGCAAGCCCGGGAAGCCGGAGAGGAAGUUCGCCCCUCCGCGGAAGUCCUUCCCUGGCGGCGGCGGCGGCGGCGGCGGCCCAGCGUCUGUGUACGAGGACCCCCGGGGCGCGGAGCCCGCUGCGCUGCCAGCCCUCACCACCAUUGACCUCCAGGACCUCGCCGACUGCUCCUCGCUCCUCGGCUCCGACGCGCCGCCUAGCGGUGACUUGGCCGCCUCGCAGAACCAUUGUCUGCCAACUGCAGAGGACUUCGAUCUGCAGGAGUUCAGGGACACCGUGGAUGACCUCAUUGCAGACUCAUCCUCUUUGAUGUCGCCUCCUCUGGCCGGCGGAGACUUCCCCUUCUCUCCUUGCGACGUAUUGCCAUUUGGGCCCUGUCUCUCUCCGCCGCUGGACCCAAGGGCCCUGCAGUCACCGCCGCUGCGCCCUCCGGACAUGCCCCCGCCGGAGCAGUACUGGAAGGAGGUGGCCGACCAGAACCAGAGGGCGCUGGGGGACGCGCUCGUUGAGAAUAACCAACUGCACGUGACGCUGACCCAGAAACAGGAGGAGAUCGCCUCGCUCAAAGAGCGGAACGUGAAACUGAAGGAACUUGCCAGUCGGACCCGACACCUGGCCUCGGUGCUGGAUAAGCUGAUGAUCACGCAGUCCCGGGAUCGCGGAGCGACGGCCGAGCCCUUCCUGCUCAGGGCGACAGCCAAAAGGAGCCUGGAGGAGUUGUUCAGCGCUGCGGGGCAGGACUGCGCGGAAGUGGACGCCAUCCUGCGGGAGAUUUCCGAGCGCUGCGAUGAAGCGCUGCAGAGCCGCGACCCCAAGCGGCUCCGGCUGCAGCCCGAGCCGGCGAGCAGGGAAGGCGUCCCGGGGAACCUGCACGGCGCCUUCCGGGGGCUGCGCACCGACUGCAGCCGGAGCGCGCUCAACUUGAGCCACAGCGAGCUGCAAGAGGGCGGCUCCUUCAGCACCCCCAUCCGCAGCCACAGCACCAUCCGCACCCUCGCCUUCCCCCAGGGCAACGCCUUCACCAUCCGGACGGCCAGCGGGGGUUACAAAUUCCGCUGGGUCCCGAGUUGAGCGGCGAUGUGGUUCCCCAGAACGCUGCCCGCGAUCCGGGCUGAAGCGCCUGGAGGCUAAGCGGGAGCUGCUGGAACUGCUUCCCGACCCCGACUUCUCGGAAGGGCUCCCCCUGCUGGGCCAUUGCCACCCUGACACUUUUUUCAGGAACCACAACAACAACAAAAAGUCCCGAUGAUGAUGUACUGUAAAGUCCUGGUGUAAAAUACUGCACACUUCCUCCCCUUUCACAGUGCAUGUGUACACAUAUAAAUCUCGAUCAAUUUUAAAAGUCUGUCUUUAGCAGCUUUGAAUUAUGUUCUUUUAGAACUGGAAAGGACUUAGAAAUCACUUAGCCAUUUUAGAAUUAUACAAUGCCCUGGUUUUAUAAGAAGGAAAAGGAGGCUCUAAGAGAUUAAGUGAUUUUCUAUAAUAAUCAUUAUUGGGAACUUCUGGUCUUUCUCACCAGUCAUUUAAAAAUUGUAGGCCAGAAACCAGGUUUCUGAGUGACUGUUUCAUUACAUCACUCAACUUCCCCUGGAAGGACCCUUAGUUUUUGUACUGUUGAAAAAAAAAUUUUUAAGACUUUUAUUCAGUCUGGAAGAAUAAAAAAUUAGGAGAGAUAGCCAAACACUUGCUUUAGGGCAAUAGAGAAAAAUGAAGAUGCUCAGAGGCAAUGGGCUAUCCACAAAAUAGGUGCUAAACAUAUUUGUAUAAUGAUCAUUCAUAUAAUUUUGUAAGAUUUAUGGUAUAUGUUUAUAUUAAUUAUAUAUAGUUUAUAUUUCUGAACAGAAUAAUCACACAAAAAGCAAACUUUGUUGGUGAAAAACAUGUUUUAAGAAAAUGGCAUAUUUCACUGAAAAAGAAUAUAUAUUUGUGUGUGUGUGUGUGUGUGUGUGUGGGCACGGACGCACAUGCACCAGAAACCAAGUGUGGAAAUCUUGCUAAAGGUAAAACUGUCUCUUUGAAUUCCAUCGAUAAAACGGGGGUGCACAUUCAUGUCUUAUAUUUCUAGGAUUGAUCUAUGAAAAACAUGUAUGUUAUAUAGUGGCUUCACUUUAACAUUUUUCUAUUUCCUUUUGUGUGGGGUUCCUUUAUCCACUCUGUUGUGAAAUUAUGUGACUGGCAUACGUCAAGUAGUGAUUUGUCCUACCCUUCCCACUUCUCAACAUGAGGGCUGCUUCUUGCAUUUGCGGCCUCAGCUUGGGCACAUUUCCAAACCCGUUACACGCUCAUUCUGCCAUCUAAGUGGUGGUAUCAGAUAACAGGUGAGCUGGGCAGGGUUGCAGAACCUGUUCCUCCAGGUUGUCCUAGGUACUGUUAUCUGUAUUUAGAAACAAACAAACAAAAAGUGAUAAAAUAGACCACAUUUCCUCAUAUUUUGUCCAACAAACGGACUCUUAAGUACACUGGACAGCUCAAAAUUCUUUUCAUCGGCUUAUGUAUAAAGUUACUGCAGUUCAGGUUCAGAAAAAAAACAAAACCAGCAAGGACUCUUAACUUGCCCUGAGAACCCAUCAGCAGAAAGACACUGACAAAUAAGGAGCAGGGAGCGGGUCUCCUUUUUUCCCAGUACAAAGAGGAGGGAGACCUUUGCGUUAGUGCUGAAUGUCAAGGGGUUGGUGCCUCAGUGAAAUAACUCUCCUUCACUGAUCUCAAAGCUGUGGGGGAAACAAAAAGCUUCUACUUACUCUGAACUCAGGACCUCCUGCAGUAGAAACUCCUGUAAAAACACAGGAGAGGGGCCUCUGGGUGGCUCAAUCAGUUAAGUGUCUGUCUUCAGCUCAGGUCAUGAUCCGGACCCCAGGCUUCCUGCUCAGCAGGGGAGUCUGCUUCUCCCUCUCCCUCUGCUUCUCCCC